GAGAGAUUACAAAGCUAACCUCCGUGGCUGACACCAGCAUCAGCCUUGGGUGACGAGUGUUGAAGGAUCCCUAUUGCACCCACAACAGACUCACACAUAGGAUGGGCCGCAGGUGGUAGGCAAGUCCCAAGCCUCACAGGCUUUCUUUGACAAUAAGACAGUGGAGACAAAACCUCUUAAAGCUGGCCUUUUCCCCAUGUCAUUGAAUUAUUCAUCCUCAUUUGUCCCGCCUUCAUUAGAAACUCACACAAGCAUUUUUGCAUUAGCUGGAUAUCCAUUCUUCCUAAUCACCCCCUCCUGCCUGCUUCAACAUGGCAGUGAAUGUCACACCAAUCCGGGAUACAAAGUGGCUGACAUUAGAGGUUUGUCGGGAAUUCCAGAGAGGAACGUGUUCUCGACCAGACAGCGAGUGCAAGUUUGCCCAUCCUGCCAAGAGCUGUCAAGUGGAAAAUGGCAGAGUCAUUGCUUGUUUUGACUCUCUCAAGGGCCGCUGCUCCAGGGAGAACUGCAAGUACCUGCAUCCUCCUCCUCACCUGAAGACCCAGCUGGAGAUCAAUGGAAGAAACAACCUCAUCCAGCAGAAAAACAUGGCCAUGCUGGCACAACAGAUGCAGCUUGCCAACGCCAUGAUACCCGGUGCACAGCUGCAGCCAGUGCCCAUGUUUUCAGUCACGCCCAGCCUUGCAACCAAUGCUACUGCUGCUGCAGCAGCGGCUGCUGCAUUUAACCCUUACCUUGGCCCCAUGUCCCCCGGCCUGAUGCCUGCUGACAUCUUGCCGAGUACUCCUGUACUGGUCACCAGCAAUCCCAGUGUCCCCGUCCCAGCUGCUGCUGCCGCUGCACAGAAGCUCUUGAGGACAGACAGACUGGAGGUGUGUCGGGAAUACCAGCGGGGGAACUGUACACGUGGGGAGAAUGACUGUCGCUUCGCCCACCCUGCAGACAGCACUAUGAUCGACACUAAUGAUAACACCGUCACUGUGUGUAUGGACUACAUUAAGGGCCGCUGCUCCAGGGAAAAGUGCAAGUACUUUCAUCCACCGGCUCACCUGCAGGCCAAGAUCAAAGCUGCCCAACACCAAGUCAACCAAGCAGCGGCUGCUGCAGCCAUGGGGCUCCCUCCUGUCUUGACUCCUUUACCAAAGAGACCUGCACUUGAAAAAGCCAAUGGUGCCACCACUAUGUUCAAUGCUGGCGUAUUCCAGUACCAACAGGCCCUGGCCAACAUGCAGUUUCAGCAGCAGGCUGCCUUCAUACCAUCAGGCUCGAUAUUGUGCAUGACACCUGCAACAAGUGUUGUACCCAUGAUGCACGGUGCUACUCCAGCCACUGUGUCUGCAGCCACCACAUCUGCCACAAGUGUUCCCUUUGCAACUGCAACAGCCAAUCAGAUUCCAAUAAUAUCUGCAGACCAUCUGACUAGUCACAAGUAUGUGACCCAGAUGUAGGAGUCUCAGUCAGAACAAUGAAACUGGAGUUCGCUGGUGUUGAGAUCACCCUUCAUGCCUGACAGCAACACGGAAAACCAAUUCUGAAACGGUUUGGAAUAAGUUAGUGUAGGAGGUAGAGUUUGUUUGGACUGUUUUCAUUUCUAGUUCACACACACAGUUACACAAAAAACAUCAUUUACAUUGAAGACCUUUUGCUUUGUAGAGGCAAGUUACCUUUAUUCACCGGACACACUUUGAAUGUUUACAUGAGGUGAUUGUAUGAGUAGAGUGGUACGUCCACUGACCAAGAAUCAUCCUUAGUUUGGUUGCGCUCAUCGGUUGUUGUUCCUUGACUUAAAUGUGUUCAUUUGUUUACACUAAGGUGCACCUUGUAUUUCAGUUGUGAUGAAAAAAGAAGUUAAGGUGUUCUGAAUAGAAUGUGCAUGAUUUUUUAUUUUGUUUUGUUAAAAUAUAAGGGAAUUUACAUCUGUGUGUUCAGAGGAAAAAGAGCAACUGAAUGUCUGUGAGGUGUCUGUCUCAAGCCCAUGACUUUGACUGUAAAGGCAUCCCUGUAACAUCCCAUACAUGUCAAAAACACAGUGAUAGAAAAUGUUAACAUCAACAGUUCCCUUUAAUAUUCAUCCGAUGAGGUCACCUUACAAACAUCGUCUCUUGAUCGUCACAAUUAAGAUUUACUGCAGGGUGCUGACGAUAUGACAACUCUGAAAUGGCUUUGAGAGAACACAGCAUUGAGUUCAAACUGCUGUGAGACGAAUUGAAAAUCUGAUGAUCACCAUGCAAUUUUUCAUUUGUACAGUUAUCCAUAUUUUAAACCAGACUGACAGCAUAGAUUCAGUAUAUUUAAGAAACCUUGUUUAUUCAGUCUUACCUGAGAACUGUUUCCAGUCAGCCAAAGUCUUUUUUUGUGUCACUGUUGUGUGAAAUUGUGAGGUUAGUGGGGCUAAAUAAAAAAACAUAUAUAUAUAUAAAAUAAAUUUUUGGGUUUUGUUCGUGAGCCCAGCGAAGGAUCAGCUGUUUAGAGUAGACCUCUAGUUGUUGUUCUUGUUGUUGUGAUCUGAGUGUUCUUCAGGAGUAUUUAAUUGCUGGACAGAAUGGGGAAAGUGGCAAAUAUAUAACGAUUGUAUUACUCAUCCAAAGCCUUAGAAUGUACCAUCGGGUCAGCACAAUGCAACAUUGUCAACCAUACAGUUGCCUAAACGACACCACAUUAAUACUCACACCACACUGUGUAACUGUCACUCGUUUCUGUCCGUGUGUUUCUUAACUUUCUUGUAGUUUGCUUUAGAACAGAGUAUCAAUAUUUUGAUAUUCAGUUCAAAGUUGAGUUUUUAUUAUAAUUCUCUUUCUUAUUGUGAAUAUAAGGUAAAGUGUGUGUUUGUGUGUUCCUCUGCACAGGUUCCUGAAAUUCCGUGUAAUGUUCCUUUUAGUAUGAUUGUAAACUCAGUAUUUUCUAUGUUAUGCAUAUUGUUGAGCUGUAUGCAUAUUAUUCAGUUCUCUAGUCUUUUGUGUUCUUUGAACAAAGAUGUUUUAUAUGAGUAUCUAACAGUGAUGAAAUAAUAGAACAGAGAGGCUAGGUUGUCACUGUGGCAACACAUGCCAAUAAACCAAGUAAUAUUUUAAUGAUUGUAAGGUUUGUAACUAGUCAUAUAAGAAAAAAGACUAUUAUUUAAAAAAAUUCUAGUUCUUAGAUGUUUAGAGUAAAGAUGUUAUUUUCUACUGUAACCAUUUCAAAUAGUGACUAUUGUUUUAAUAUUUCUACUCCCUGGAAAUUGGGCCAUGUUGGAAAACAAGCUGCAUAUUUGAUCACUUUUUUGAGGGCGUUGCUGGUAGGAUAGGUGAACGUGGUGAGUAAGGAACCACUCGUUCUGACUUAUCCAACUGCAAACAACAACAAAGAAUGAGAAUCUUGAUGUGAUAAAGGUGACAAAGUUUGACUUUUUUGCACUUCUGUACAUAGUCAAAAAAGAGAGAAUUGUGUAUAUUGAGAUUUUAUUUUGAAUAAAAAAUGUCUAUAACAACAAGGAAUUUUGCUAGGAUAACAAAAAAAAAAAAAUCUUAUGAACGGCUUAACAAAACUGCUUGCAUAAAAGGGCACUGAGUUCACACUUUCUCACCCCUUUCAGAAAAGGCCAACUGUUGCUUUUCUUUUUUGUCAGCAGCUUGUAGUUUGCCAGGUAACCUUCCGGAAGAGGCGUGCACUCGCCUCCAGUGUAAAGGCCUGAUUGGGUUUGUCUGGUCUCCGAACCUGUCUAGCAACAGGCCUACUCAUCAUGGCCACGCCCAUCCAGGCCCAACCAAUUACCACACGUCCUGUCUCUUUGCAUGUUAAAGGAAAUACGUAUA